AUGGAGAUCACCAAUGUCACAGAGUACCAGGCCAUCGCCAAGCAAAAGCUUCCCAAGAUGAUCUACGACUACUACGCCUCCGGCGCCGAGGACGAGUGGACGCUCCAGGAGAACAGAGAGGCCUUUGCCAGGAUCCUGUUCCGCCCGCGCAUUCUCAUCGAUGUAUCCAAAAUCGACAUGACAACAACUAUCCUGGGAUUCAAGCUCUCAAUGCCUAUCAUGAUUUCCCCCACUGCCAUGCAGAAGAUGGCUCACCCAGAUGGAGAGUAUGCGACUGCCCGCGCAGCAUCAGCAGCAGGCACUAUAAUGACAUUGUCGUCCUGGGCUACUUCGAGUGUUGAGGAGGUUGCCUCAACCGGACCAGGGAUCCGCUUCUUCCAACUCUAUGUGUACAAAGACAGGAAGGUGGUCGAGCAGCUUGUGAGGAGAGCGGAAAAGGCUGGAUUCAAGGCGAUAGCGCUCACCGUGGACACCCCGCGACUUGGCCGCAGGGAAGCUGAUAUCAAGAACAGAUUUGUUUUGCCACCAAAUUUGACACUCAAGAACUUUGAAGGUUUGGACCUUGGCAAAAUGGACCAGGCUAACGAUUCAGGACUAGCUUCAUAUGUCGCCGGUCAAAUCGACCGUACACUGAGCUGGAAGGAUGUGAAGUGGCUGCAGUCCAUCACCACGAUGCCGAUCCUGGUGAAAGGAGUGAUCACCGCAGAGGACAGCAGGCUCGCCGUGGAGAACGGCGCGGCCGGAAUCAUCGUGUCCAACCACGGCGCCCGGCAGCUGGACUACGUCCCGGCGACCAUCAGCGCCCUAGAAGAGGUCGUGAAGGGUGCUGGCGGGCAGAUCCCCGUCUUCCUGGACGGCGGUGUGCGCCGCGGCACCGACGUCUUCAAGGCGCUCGCUCUCGGCGCCGCCGGGAAGGCCGGUGGUGUUCUCGCUGGCGGUGGCCGGGGAGGCCGGGGUGAGCAACGUGCUCAAGAUGCUGCGCGACGAGUUCGAGCUGACCAUGGCGCUCAGCGGCUGCAACUCGCUGGCCGACAUCACCCGCAACCACGUCGUCACCGAGGCCGACAAAUUCGGCGUCAUGCCGUCCCGCUUGUAACUUGGAACCAAAUCAAGUCGGCGCACGUCGCCGGCGGCCGUAUAUCUGUGUGUGUGUUUCCAACUUCCAAAGUGCUGUGA